CGAGUUCAUCCUCGAUCCGAGCAGCGCCGUAGCUUUCCCGCUUUGUCUCCUUUCUGCAGCGCUCCGCCUCCGGAGUUGGUUCUAUGAAUUCUCUGUCGAUCCGCCAUCGGAUAUCCUCUUGCAGACUACAUUCUGCGUGAGGCUUGUACGAUCAGGGCUGGGGUCUUUGGAGUGAGUAAUGGCCGCGAGUUCCGGAGGCUUGGCGCCGCAGCCAUUAUGCUUUAGAAUCAGGAGGGCGGGCACUUUCCCUUCGCUGCAAGGCUCGCGAGCACUAGAGCUCGGCAGGAGGAGGGUUGAAGAAGGGAUUCGAUACUGUUGCUCGGACUCGGAGCUUCGCAAACUUGCUCGGGGUAAGAGUGCCGCGGAUACGCUCGAGGAGUGGCGACGGAUCGACGUGAAGAAUAGCCCCAGGAAAAUUCGUGCGAGAGCUAUGCCGGUUAUCCCCUUAUCUUUUGCAAGGUCUAAAGGGCUUUCUAAGCAGAACGAUUUUUAUCCUAGAUGCAACAACACAAGGAACAAUGCCCCUCAAUCUCGUGACACUCCGCCUGAAAGAGACACUGGUAUUGGUAGUGAAAAGGAUUGGGGAAUCAACUUGUUGGAUGAGCAUGUUAAUGAAUCUGGCGUUAAUCAGGAUGGCAGUACAUGGUAUCGAGAAAGCGGAGAGGAACGCGGAAAUAAUGGCUACAAGUGCCGAUGGAACAAAAUGGGCGGCCAGUCCCAUGACGGUUCCUCAGAAUGGAAAGAAAAUUGGUGGGAGAAAAGUGAUUGGACUGGAUACAAAGAAUUAGGAUGGAUCCACAGCAAGAACGCCGUAAAAGAAUGUCAUGUGCUGCAACUAUUGCAAUAUUGUUGUUGGAGUACUACCGCUCCAGCACUAGUUAAAAACAAAUUAGUUAGAGGAGCUAUGAAACGAUUUCAACAUUCCUCAGAAACAAUUAACCGAUACUUCUCCAAAGUUGUGCAAGCACUUGUGAGGUUAGCGUCGCAAAUCAUUAGGUCAGAUGAUCCAUUGUUCGCUACUGCUUCUGAACAAAUUGCCAAUGAUUCCCGUUAUAUGCCAUAUUUUAAGGGUAAUCGACGGUACGCACGUAGAUGCCCGACUACUCAGCCACAAAAAGGUCACGUACAUUGCUCGGAGUGGUUCAACUACGCAAAAUAUCAUGACAGUAUGAGACUUCAACAUGUGAUUCACAUUUGUAAUGACGGGAUGAGAAGUGCGGAGAAAUCUGGAAAAAAUGCUGAUGGAGAUUCAUGGUGGGAGACAUGGCAAGAAAUUCUCUACCAAGAUGAAUGGAGUAAUCUUGCAAGGAUAGAGAGGAGCGCACAGAAGCAAGCAAAAUCAGGUUCAGAAAAUGCUGAAUGGUAUGAGAAUUGGUCGGAAAAAUAUGAUGCCAAAGGUUGGGCCAAAAAAGGAGCUUACAAGCAUGGAUCCCAUAAUGAUCAAUCAUGGUGGGAAAAGUGGGGGGAAGAAUAUGAUGGUAGAGGAUCAGUAAAUAAAUGGACGGAUAAAUGGGCGGCUCAGACUAACCUUGGCACGAAAUGGGGAGAUAAGUGGGAGGAAAACUUCUUUUCGGGUAUAGGAUCCCGUCAUGGUGAAACAUGGCAUCUCUCCUCUACCAGUGAACGUUGGUCAAGAACCUGGGGUGAAGAACACUUCGGAAAUGGGAAGGUGCACAAAUACGGCAAGAGCACAACAGGAGAGAGCUGGGAUAUCGUGGUGGAUGAAGAGACCUACUAUGAGUCAGAGCCUCAUUAUGGAUGGGCAGAUGUUGUGGGUGAUUCAACUCAGUUGCUGUCCAUAAAGCCUUUGGAAAGACCACCUGGAGUAUUCCCUGAUUUAAAUUUUGGAUCUUCUCCAAGGCCACCUGGUCCACCCCCCUCCAAUUUUGUUUAUGCGGCACAAACUUUUAUCCCAUGGAGUCAACUAGUCUUCCCCUUCCCCAGUACACCUUUUUUUUUUCACAGUUUUAAAGCAGAGGCGUGGAAGAGAAUGGAGAUCACAUCAGAAGCAAAGAUGAAGCACUCCAUUCUCUUCUUCCUCCUCCCCUUCCUCCUCCUUCUCCUCAUCUCUGAGUCCGAAUCUGUCACUUUCAACUGCACGGGAACCACGACAUGCCAAAGCCUGGUGGAAUACAUCCCCAUCAACUCCACCACCUACAGCGCCAUCCUCUCCCUCUUCCAAGUCCCCAACCUCUCCCGACUGCUCGGAGCCAACAACCUCCCUCUCUCCACACCCGCCUCCCAACCCAUCCCCGCCUCCUCCGUCGUCCGCGUUCCUCUCCCCUGCUCCUGCUCCGACGGCAAAGGCCGCUCCAACCACACCCCUGUCUACACCGUCAAGCCCACCGACGUCGGCCUCGACAACAUAGCUCGGCUCACCUAUGACCUACUCAUCUCUUAUGAGGAAAUCGCCGCCGCUAAUAACAUCGCCGCCCCGUACAAUAUACAUACGGGGGAGAAGCUGUGGAUACCGCUGCCCUGCAGCUGCGACGUGGUGGAUGAGAAGGAGGUGGUCCAUCUAGCGCACCUGGUGCAGCCUGGAAGCACCAUAGAUUUAAUCGCAGACGAGUUUGGAACCUCGCCGGAGACUCUGCUUCGGAUCAAUGGGAUUGGUGAUCCGCGGAAGCUAGAGGCAGGACAGGCCAUAGAUGUUCCUCUCAGAGCUUGUUCUUCUUCAAUCAGCACAUCAUCAUCGGACAGCAAUCUACGCCUCGCCAACGAUAGCUAUGCGCUCACAGCCUACGACUGCAUCCAGUGCAGUUGCAGCGCUGCCUCGGGUUACCAGCUAUCCUGCCAUUCUACGCAAGGCUUGAGCAAAUCGUGCCCUUCUGUCAAAUGCGACAACCAGUUGCUGCUUGGCAACACGAUCAAGUCCGGCUGCGAGCAAACCAGCUGCGCCUACGCCGGUUUCACCAAAGCCAACGGCGCAGCGAAGCCCGACAUCCUCACCAAGACCAUCAACCAAUCGCUUUGUAACAAUGAAGGCGUGCCUGCACCAUCUCCUGGCCCAUCAGCCGGUGGCUUUGCUGGUUCCACGCCUAGUGGAGGCUCGCCGCAGGGUAGCAGCCAGGCCGGUAUACGGACAAGACUAGAAGAGAAUUUGUUGUGGCUGUCGAUCGCUCUUAUCGUAGCGGUUAUUGGUUCUGGCCAUAGAGCAUGACUAUUUUCUUAUUUUACAGUUGGCUAGAGAUGUAAGACUAUUACCAGAGUUCAUUUUGUUUGCGUUUUGGUUUUGAUUGUAAAACCAAUUUUCGUCAGUCUCAUUUGCAUCAGAGACCGUAUACUUCUACUUAAUUGUUUUGAGUGAUUUUUUAAAAGAAUAAGGAUAAAUUUAUUAUAAAUUUU